AUGGUUCAUUUCAAUCCUGGAUCCAUCUAUUAUUUUGAUUUAGACUUGCCUGUAGAACAAAGAUACUCAUCACUUUUUCCAAAGUAUGCCCUUUUAAUUAGAAAAUACUGUUAAAUUUGGUUGGAAACAAAUAAUCCUUCUUAGGAACAUCUAAAUAAUCUAAAAGUAUUAAACUUUAAAUGACUAUUAGCAACUAUUUGAGAAUCAUCCAGAUAAAGAAAUGCUUGAAUUUGUUAAAUAUUUUGCUAAAGAAUGUGGAAUUGAUGAGAGGUAAUGAUACAAUUUUAUAAGGUAAGCAUAAUUUUGUACAUACAAUUUAUGUAUGAUUUUGGAUUUGAUGAUUCUUUAUCUAUGGGAUGCACAAGUAUAUUGAUUAAUCAGGAGAAACCAUAUAUUGUGAGGAAUCUAGAUUGGGAUUUCAAUGAUGUCAUAAGGGCUUUAACAAUAAAUGCUAUUUAUAUAAAAAAUAAAUAAAUAGUAUCCAUUCAUUUAGCAAUAGUAUCUUAAUUAUUGACUCCUCACACUAUGUAAUGAAGUAGUAAUCAUAAAAUAGUAAGAACCAAUCAUUUGCUAUCAGUUUAAAUUUCUUGUGGCCUUAAUAUAAAGUGGAAUAAUAAUGGUAAAGUGUUCUAUAAAAUGUCAAUAUACCUAGUAUUGGAAGAUUGAUUUAUCGAUUAUCAGUCUCUAAUUAUCAAUAUGAUGAUUUGAAAAAUGUGCUAAAAGAUAUACUAGUAUAGCAUCAUGGUUUAUUGAAUAUUAUUGGAAACAAAAAAAAUUAAUGUGCAAUAUUUUAUAUUAAUGAUUGGUUUAACACAAAAAAAUAUCAAUUUUGUUAGGAAAUCUAAAAUAAUGAAGAUUAUCUUGUAUCUACAAAUGGAGAUUAUUUUUAAUUUAGUAUUGAGAGAUAUACAGCUGCUUAAUAAAACUUAAAAAAACAAAAAGAUUUUAGUAAUCCUAUAAAAAUUGUAGAGAAUGUUGCUUUUCAGUAUCCUAAUUAUAAUGAAACAACCAUUUUAACAACAAUCUUAGACUGCCAAUUAAAGUUACCAUUUGAUGUUUAUAUUAAAUGA